AACUAACCUUGAGAACAUUUUUGUAUUAUUAGUAGAUCUUAACACGUGCUUGUAUCAUAAAUUUAUGUUGCAGUAAAGAAAAGUAAAAAAUCUACGAUAUGGCUGAUAAAAAUGAUUCCGAGAAAACUAUUGCUGAAGAUUUAGUAGUUACAAAAUAUAAAAUGGCAGGCGAUAUUGUGAAUCGAGUUUUAAAAGAAAUUUUACAAACAUGUUCUGCUGGUGCUUCAGUAAGAGAAAUUUGUGAAUAUGGUGAUAAACUUUUAAUCGAAGAAACUAGUAAAGUUUUUAAAAAAGAAAAGGAUUUAAAGAAAGGUAUAGCUUUUCCAACAUGUAUAUCAGUAAAUAAUUGUAUAUGUCACUUUUCUCCUAUUACUAGUGAACCUGAUUUAUUUUUACAAAUUGAAGAUAUAGUAAAAAUUGAUUUAGGUGCACAUAUAGACGGAUUUAUCGCAGUUGUGGCCCAUACAAUAGUUGUUAAGUCUUCGCCUGAAAUGGUAGUUCAAGGACGAAAAUCCGAUGUAAUUUUAGCUGCUUAUUAUGCUUCACAAGCAGCACUGAGGCUUCUUAAGCCAGGAAUUGAGACAUAUGUAAUCACAGACACCGUUGGAAAAAUUUGUGAAACUUAUAAUUGCAAGCCAAUAGAAGGGAUGCUAAGUCAUCAAUUAAAACAGUUUACAAUUGAUGGAGAUAAAACAAUUAUUCAGAAUCCUAGUGAUGCCCAGAAAAAGGAACAUGAAAAAUAUGUCAUGGAAAUGCAUGAGGUAUAUGCUAUGGAUGUUCUAGUUAGUACGGGUGAUGGAGUUGGUAAAGAACAAAACACUAGAGUAACAAUAUUUAAAAAGACUGAUGAGACUUAUCAGCUUAAAUUGAAAGCAUCGCGCAUGUUUUAUUGUGAAGUUUCUCACAAACACGGAUUAAUGCCUUUUAAUUUGCGUACAUUUGAAGAUGAAAAAAAAGCAAAAAUGGCCGUAGUUGAAUGUGUCAAUCAUAAAUUAAUUGAGCCGUUUCAGGUAUUAUAUGAAAAAUCAAACGAAUAUGUGGCUCAGUUCAAAUUUACGGUUUUAUUGAUGCCUACUGGUCCACACAAAAUUACGGGAAUACCAUUCGAACAAGAUUUAUAUAGUUCCCAAUAUUCAAUAGAAACUCCUGAACUUAAAGCCUUAUUAAGUUCUUCAGCAAAUCCCAAGUCUGGAAAGAAAAAGAAAAAGAAGGCAGAAAAAAUGAUUGAAGAUGGAAAAACUGAGCUCGAUUUAAAAAAUGAAUAA